AUGGAAGUAGAGUUCUCUGAGGAAGGGUCUCCUUUGGAGGAAGAGCAGAAGGCGCAGGCCCAGGAGCGUGCCCAAGAGGACCUCUCACAUGCAGGAGAUGUUGAAGAGCCAGUUGGGGAAUUUCAUGGGUUCCCACUGGAAAAAGCCAAGACUGAACAAGCUGAAGGAAACUUCGAGAACAGAGAUGAACCACAGAGGCAGGAAGGAAAACGUAUAGCGAAAAGGGGAGUUAAGACCAUUCCUUGCCAAGGAAGCAGCUUCCAUGAAAUCCCAGUCUCCAGCCGUCACCAACGGACUCCUUCGGGAGUGAAGCCAUUCAUCUGUUCCAAGAAUGGAAUGACAUUCUCCGGUCGAAACAAGGGAAAUGCAUGUUUCCUGAACCACAGUAUAACGAAGACAUGUAAAUGUCAUUAUUGUGGAAAGUACUUCAGAUACAGAACACAGCUUUUGGUACACCAAAGAAUACACACAGCACAGAAGCAUGUUGAAUUCUCAGAGUGUGGAAAGAAGCUUAGUAUGAAUUCCAGUCUACAAAAGCCACAAAGAACCCACACAGGGAAGAAGACUUUUCAAUGCUCAGAGUGUGGAAAGACAUUCAGUGUGGGUUCCCGUCUUCAGCAGCAUCUAAGAACCCAUACAGGAGAGAAACCUUUUGAAUGCUCAGAGUGUGGAAAGGCAUUCAGCAUGAGUUCCAAUCUUCAGCAGCAUCUAAGAACCCACACAGGAGAGAAACCUUUUCAAUGCUCAAAAUGUGGAAAGACAUUCAGUACGAGUUCCGGUCUUCAGCAGCAUCUAAGAACCCACACAGGGGAGAAACCUUUUGAAUGCUCAGAGUGCGGAAAGAGAUUCAGUCGAGGUAGCCAUCUUCAAGUGCAUCAAAGAGCUCACACAGGGGAGAAACCAUUUGAAUGCUCAGAGUGUGGACAGAGAUUUAGGGAGAGUGACAGUCUUCAGAAGCAUUUUAGAACCCACACAGGGGAGAAACCUUUUGAAUGCUCAAAGUGUGGAAAGAGAUUCAUUUCAAAUCGCAAUCUUCAAGAGCAUAUCAGAAACCACACAGGGGAGAAACCUUUUGAAUGCUCGGAGUGUGGAAAGAGAUUCAGUCAUCGUGGCAGUUUUCGGUAUCAUCAAAGAACCCACACAGGGGAGAAACCUUUUGAAUGCUCAGAGUGCGGAAAGAGAUUCAGUCAUCGUGGCAGUUUUCGGUAUCAUCAAAGAACCCACACAGGGGAGAAACCUUUUGAAUGCUCAGAGUGCGGAAAGAGAUUCAUUCAUCGUGGCAGUCUUCGGUAUCAUCAAAGAACCCACACAGGGGAGAAACCUUUUGAAUGCUCAGAGUGUGGACUGAGAUUUGGUGAGAGGGGGACUCUUCAACAGCAUCAGAGAACCCACACAGGGGAGAAACCUUUUGAAUGCUCAGAGUGCGGGAAGAGAUUCAGUCAGCGUGGUGGUCUUCAGAGUCAUCAAAGAACCCACACAGGGGAGAAACCGUAUGAAUGCUCAGAGUGUGGAAAGAGAUUUAGUGUCCGUGGCAAUCUUCAACUGCAUCAACUAACCCACACAGGGGAGAAACCUUUUGAAUGCUCAGAGUGUGGACUGAGAUUUGGUGAGAGGGGGAAUCUUCAACAGCAUCAGAGAACCCACACAGGGGAGAAACCUUUUGAAUGCUCAGAGUGCGGAAAGAGAUUCAGUCAGCGUGGCGGUCUUCAGAGUCAUCAAAGAAUCCACACAGGGGAGAAACCUUUUGAAUGCUUAGAGUGUGGAAAGAGAUUCAGUGUGAAUUCCAGUCUCCAAAAGCAUCAGAGAACCCACACAGGGGAGAAACCAUUUGAAUGCUCAGAGUGUGGAAAGAGAUUCAUUCACAGCGGCCAUCUUCAACGACAUCAAAGAGUCCACACAGGGAGAAACCAUAUGAAUGCUCAGAGUGUGGAAAGAGAUUUAGUGUCCGUGGCAAUCUUCAAUUGCAUCAAGUAA